UUCGUAUCAACAAACAUGGCGGCUCAUUCACAAUCCACAUCAUCGACAGGGAGCUACACUUUAAAUUUUGACAAUUAUGAUCAGCAAGGUUCGUCGUUCGAAUCUCAAAACACAUCAGGAUAUAAUCCUUACGUACAAGCGGUUGAAGAAUUUCAGUUCGUACAAACUUCAGCCUCGUUAGAAAAACUUCCUGUUGAGGGAUCAAUUCAGAAAAGUGAAGGAGAAACAAUGACAAAUCCUUAUGGUGUGAAAAAAAGAUCAGCUGCUUCAAAAUUCCUGGAAUCUAAAGGCUUUGGCUGGCUGACAGAAGAAGAGGAAUUGGAUGAAGAAGAUCAAAAGCCUUUACUGGAGGAGUUAGACAUUGAUCCUAAGGACAUUUACUAUAAAUUACGAUGUGUUCUGUUUCCUCUGCCACAGCUUGGAUUUAAUCGCCAUGUUGUCAGAGAAAGUCCAGAUUUCUGGGGCCCCCUUGUUGUCAUACUGCUGUACUCUCUCGUUUCCUUGUAUGGACAGUUCAGGGUGGUGUCCUGGAUUAUAACAAUAUGGAUAUGUGGGUCACUCAUCAUUUUCUUAUUGGCAAGAGUUUUAGGAGGAGAGGUUAGCUAUUCCCAGUGCCUGGGUGUCAUUGGUUACUCUGUGCUACCUUUGGUUAUAACAGCAGCCAUAUUACCACUGUUCAGAAGAUUUCACUACAUCAGUCUGUUACUCAAGUUUUUUGGAGUGCUGUGGGCAGCAUACAGUGCUGGAUCGUUGUUAUGUGUUCAGGAGCUCCAACAGAAGCGCCCUCUAUUGCUGUAUCCAGUUUUUCUUCUUUACAUUUACUUCCUGUCCCUGUACACAGGUGCCUGAUUCAAAUCAUGGGAAAUUCAUUUGUGUCAUAUAAAAAACAGACAGUGAUGCUCGCAAUGAUGAAAAACACAUUAUAUUAUAAAUUUGUUAUGUAUAUAAUGCUUUUAUCUAUAUGAGUAUGUGCAAGUGGUGGAUCAUAUUAGCUUGGGUUAUUGUAGAUAUUCCAGUUACAACCGUGUAUAAAUCUGACAAUCUGUGAACUUCAAUUUUUAUGGCAAUUUCACUUUGAUACAUGUAAAUAAUGUACAUUGAAUUUUUAAUAUAUUUGUGACAAAGGAA